ACAUGUCUUCUCUCCUCUUGCAUAAUGUACUUUACAAGACGGCCUUUUGUGACCCAUCCUCCUAUAUCCCUCCGCCAGCCACAAAGAGUCCUGGCUCGGAGCUGCAGCUUGUUGUAGCGGCUUAGGGAGCAACCUCCAUUUUUUUUUUUUUUUUUUGUUUGUUUGUUUUGGUUUUGUUUGGUUUCGGCUGUUUGUUUACUUGACUUUUAAGACUGAAUCUGACGCAGGAGCAACUGUUUGUUUUCCUUCCUUUAACGUCUUUGCCUGCGGGUUGGGCCCAAGUUCUGAUGCGAGUAUCCAGUAGGUUGGGGUCUUCUCCCUGAACUGGUGUUGCAGAGGAUGAUGAAACCGCCACCGUCAGAUCGGGUACAGAUCAUGUUCCUCCUGCUGAUGUUGAGCCUGGGAAAGCAGCUUCAUCAGACAGCAGCUUUAUUCACAGUGAUGGUCUCUCAGGAACUGUACACGGUAGACUACGGCAGCAAUGUGACCCUGGAGUGUAAUUUUGACACCGAAGGUCACGUGGAACUCAAAGACUUAAGGGCCAGUCUGCAGAAGGUGGGAAACAAUACAUCCUUGCACAGUGAAAGAGCCACUUUGCUGGAAGAGCAUCUGUCCCUGGGGAAGGCCUUAUUCCACAUCCCUCAGGUGCAAAUGAGUGAUGCAGGGCAGUAUCGCUGCCUGAUCAUCUACCGGGUUGCCGGGGACUACAAGUACCUGACUCUGAAAGUCAAAGCUUCCUACAAGAAAAUUAACACUCAGAUCCUUAAGAUCCCAGGGGUAGAUGAGGUAGAGCUCACCUGCCAGGCUGAAGGUUAUCCUCUGGCAGAAGUGUCCUGGCCAAACGUCAGCGUCCCUGCCAACACCAGCCACACCAAGACCUCCGAAGGCCUCUACCGGGUCACUAGUGUUCUGCGACUAAAGCCACACCCUGGCAGAAACUUCAGCUGUGUGUUCUGGAAUGCUAACGUGAAAGAACUUACUUCAGCCGUCAUAGACCCUUACGGUGAUCUAGAACCCAAGAUCUCUUCAAAUUGGCUGCUUCCUGUUGUCAUCCUUUCCUUAGUCAUUGCUUUGGUUUUCAUCACUUUGAUGACACCCCUAAGGAAACCACUCUUCCGAAAACUUUAUUGUAGGAAAGACACAACCAAGAGAUUGGUCACCACAGUAGGGAAGGACGUGAGCAGAGCUAUUUGAACCUGUAAUUUCAGGAGUUGGGGUGACCUGAUGGGACGUCCUCAAGAAGGUUCUGGACUCUGAACAAGAAUCCACUGGCGUGCAGAGCUCGUGGUUUGCACUUGU